UUUGCUGUUUUUCAAAUAUUAAAGGUUCCCUUUGUCACCUGGUCGAUUAGCCUUCAAAGGGAAGCGGAAGACUGGGUCAAGUAUCUUGCAGAGAAUAACAAGUUUGGCAUUAGCAAGACCAAUUCUGGGAACUUAUACAUGUCAGCGUAUAGACCGAGGGAAUAUUGUAGUGAAGCUGUUUGGUGGUUCCAUAGCCAAGAAAAGUAUUAUGAUUUCAGAAAUCCUCACUAUGUCAAAGCGGCUAGCAACUUUACCCAGAUGGUUUGGAAAAACGUGAAACAAAUCGGUGCUGCUUGGGCAUUCCGUAAAGACUACAGGCUUGUUGUAGCAAUUAAGUACAGUCCUGAGAGUAACGAGGAUGGCAAUUUUGAAGAAAACGUUUUUCCUCCCAUCGCGGAAACCCUGGGACCAGAAUGGGCGCGGAAUCCCCCUGAAUAUGCCAGGUGCCCCAGGGAGAACAUACCAUCACAGCCUCCCACGAACGCAACCACGAACGCAAGUAAGCCUCACGUAAAAGGGGUAGCGAGGAAGACUGGGUCAAACCUGGAGCUCUUCAUUGUCUCUGUUAUCCUUGCUGGUUUAUUUUCGUAAAUGGCAGUUAACUUUGAGCGACGAGAAAAACCUGUUUGUUUGCCGAGGACACUUAAAAUGCAGACACCCUACUCCCUACAUGUCUUACAGUGGAACUUCAUGUGAUUUUUCGUAGAGAACAGUUGCUACUGUUAUUCUUACACUGGGCUCCAAAACCCGGUACAAUAUUUAAUUUAAAAGUUAUUUAUUGAGAAAGGAGCUUAAAGGUUCAGUUGCAGUGCAAUCAUAAUAAUUAUAAGAACAUAAAUUCUAGCUCUCGGGCUAUUAUUGCACAUUUAGUCUGCUAAUAGACCUUCCCCGCGUUUCAUAUCAUUUACAUGCAUUUCCUGUAUUUUUGCACACCCUGAAAUCGACCCGACUCGGUGCCCUUGGUGGUUAAAAUGAAGGUAAAGUCUGUUUCCGUUAUAUCAUGUUUUUGUUUGAAAGAUCUGGAAUUCUUUAAAGCUAACAGACAUAUGACACAAAGUUGGUCGAGAGGGGAUUCCAAGAUAGACUCUCUAUUUGAUCUUAGUAGUUUUAUAUUUUGAACCUUUUUAAGGACGUUCGCGCGAAAAUUUUCCAGUGGAUAGAUUUUUUUUUAAAUUUUACGGUAGUCAGAUAAUGA